GAAGACACGGCAUAAAAACAUCUCUGUGGGUGGAAGAAGAGCUAAACGCUGUGUGCAAGCAAGUGCAACUUUGUAUAUAGAAAACUGAUUAUAAUCUAUAAAUAAAAUUUUUGUUUGAUCCUCAAGUUCGUUUGACGAGCAAAACAAAACAAAAUCCAAGAAAAAACAUCUGUGCGUAGUGGCAAUAAACUUCCAACUUGUCAUUAUUUGGUUUUUGUAAAUAAAAAACCUUUCCAGACGUUUGUCAAACUAAUUUUACGUAAGAACCCUUCAAAAACAUGGCAAAGUUAGAUGAGAAAAUCGGUUUCAUUGGUGGUGGCAAUAUGGCCUUUGCCAUUGGAGCUGGUCUCAUUUCUCGUGGCAUUGUCAAAGCUAGUCAAGUUCUAGUUUCGGGUCCGCACAUUGAAAACCUUCAGCGAUGGCGCGAUCAUGGCGUCACCGAACUCACUGAAGAUAACUAUGUUGUGUUAGAAAAGUCAGAUAUUAUUUUCAUUUCUGUUAAACCACACAUUCUUGAGCCAUGCGCAACUCAACUUAGAAAUAAUCACAUCAGCUCGGCCAGGGAUAAGGACAAAUUGUUUGUGUCUGUCCUGGCUGGAGUGAAUCUAAAGUCUCUGGAAGAAUCAUUUUCUUUCAUCCAGGGACUUAAGAUGAUUCGUACUAUGCCGAAUACGUCGAUGCAAGUGGGGGAGGGUUGCACUGUCUACUCACCUGGAUCCUAUGUCAAGCAACAGGAUUUGGAAAAAGUUCAUUUGAUAUUGAACUCGCUGGGCAUUGCCCAGCAGGUGCCAGAAACCAUGAUUGAUGGUAUAUCUGGGUUGUCAGGGUGUGGACCAGCUUUUGUUUAUACAAUAAUCGAAGCUCUUGCUGAUGGAGCUGUGAAGCAGGGAGUUCCUCGACAAAUGGCGCUGCAAUUCUCAGCGCAAACAAUUUUGGGUGCUGCCAAGACAGUCAUUAUGACUGGCAAACAUCCAGCUGUGCUGAGAGAUGAAGUGUGCUCUCCAGGAGGUUCUACUAUCUGUGGAGUGUAUGAACUUGAGAAGGGCAAUUUGAGGUCAACACUGAUGACUGCCGUUGAGAAAGCAUCCCAACGUUCAGCUGAACUUGGGAAGAAAUAAUUUGUUUUAGUUAAUUUCAACACACAUACUCUUCUUAAAAUACUUUCCGCUAAAAAAAGCGAAUUUAUAAGUUAAGGUUAAUCACUUAGACAACUCUCAUACAGCUUUGACAAUGAAAUCA